AUGCCGGUGUCCACUCUCCGAGCAUGGGUCAUUGGCAUCUUUUCAGCAAUCCUAUUCUCUGGCGUGAACCAAUUCUUCAUGUUUCGAUAUCCCUCCAUCACCUUCACCACUAUUGUCCCAUUACUACUAUCCUACCCCUUCGGACGUGCAGCAGCAGCCUACAUUCCAAGACAUUGGACAUUAUUUGGCCUCGAAAUGAAUCCUGGUCCCUUUUCUAUCAAAGAACACGUCUUAAUAACAGUGAGUGCUUCCGUGGCUUCCGAAUCAGCAUAUGCUACGGACAUCAUUGCCGUCCAGCGUGUGUUCUACAAGCAAGUAUACAAUUUCAGCUACCAAUGGUUUCUGGUAAUGUCCACUCAGUUUAUUGGUUUCUCAAUCGGUGGAAUCGCCCGACGUAUUCUUGUCGAUCCUCCCUCAAUGAUAUGGCCGACGAACCUUGUGACAUGUGCUCUUUUCAAUGCUCUCCACUCGGAGUAUUACACCGGCGCUGGAACUCGUGGUGGCAUGUCACGCCAGAAAUAUUUUUGGCUCGUGUUUGCACUUUCAUUUGCUUGGUAUUUUCUACCCGGCUAUCUCUUCCGAGCGCUUUCGUACUUUUCGUGGGUAACCUGGAUUUGGCCUGAGAAUCCUGUUGUAGCUCAACUCUUCGGCUAUAUCAAUGGCUUGGGAUUUUCCAUCUUGACCUUCGAUUGGGUUCAAAUCGCAUACAUUGGCUCUCCUCUAGUAACGCCAUGGUGGGCACAAGCGAACGUCAUCGUCGGCUUCAUAUUCUUCUACUGGAUAAUAACACCGAUACUAUACUUCAACAACGUCUGGUUCGCCCAGUACAUGCCGAUCUUGAACAAGUCGUGUUUCGACAAUACGUAUCAUUCGUAUAAUGUUACUCGAAUUCUCAAACUUCCCGAUAUGACAUUCGACCUUGAAGCAUACAAAGACUAUAGUCCGCUAUUUCUAUCCACGACUUUUGCGCUGUCUUAUGGCUUGUCGUUCGCCACUAUCACCGCCACACUUUCACAUACGUUUAUCUAUUAUCGAAAACAGAUAUGGAAUCAAGCUCGCCGUUCACUUAGGGAGCAACCUGACAUUCAUGCUCGUUUGAUGUCGCAUUAUCCGCAAGUCCCUGAUUGGUGGUAUUAUACUGUAUUUGUUGUUCCGUUUGCGUUGGGAGUGAUUAGUAUCGAGUUGUGGCCGACACAUAUGCCGGUGUGGGCGUUGAUACUGGCGAUAAUGAUAGCUGUGGUCUAUGUUGUCCCUGUUGGUAUUGUUCAAGCGAUCACGAACCAGAAGGUUGCGCUAAAUGUCAUAACGGAACUUAUUAUCGGGUAUGCUCUCCCUGGACGACCGAUUGCGAUGUUGAUGUUCAAGACGUGGGGGUAUAUCACGAUGGCUCAAGCAAUGGUGUUCACGGGUGACCUCAAGCUUGGGCAUUAUAUGAAGAUCCCUCCGAGAGCGAUGUUUUGGGCACAGAUUGUAGGAACGGUGGUGGCUGGGACGACUCAGCUCGGUGUGCAGAGUUGGAUGUUUUCAAAUAUAACGAAAAUGUGUGAUUAUGAUCAACCUGAUGGGUACGAAGAGGUUCUCUGGUUGAGAUUUCUGUGUGCUGAGUUUUAUGUUGUGUUAGGUUUACAUGUCCCUUUACUGCAGUAUUCGGAGUAUCUUCCAUGGUGUGGGGUUUGGUGGGACCCAGCCGGUUGUUUUCAAAGGGUUCGAUAUACUAAUAUUCUCUCUGCGGCCUUAGACGCUGGAGUCGCUUUUUCAGUGAUUCUCAUAUUUUUUGCGCUUCAAUAUCCGAGGAACGGUAUGAUAGGGAAGGCUAUUGCUAGUUGGUGGGGUAAUGUCGUUCCAUACGCUGGGGCUGAUGGACAUGCGACGCCUGUCCGUUCGUUAGCUCCUGGGGAGACUUUUGGGCCGACUGUUUGGUGA